AAGAAACACGAGCGCCAACAUUCACUAAAGUCUAAAACGGUAAAAACCCUCUCUGCUGAAAGCUGAAAGCUGAAAGGGGUUUUGCGUUAGGAAUUAGGAUCCGCUCGUUCUCUCUGCUUCAGUAGGAUCAAACAAUGCCUUCUUCGAGUUCGAAUUCAAAGCAGAAAAAGAAGCAAUCCAAAGUUUUGCAGAAGCACUCAUCAUUGUCAUCCAAUGGCACUACCUCGCCUUCCAAAACGCUCCAACCUUCCGAACUCACCUCUUUCUGCGAAGAAGCUUCUCGAAAGUUCUCUUCUCUCAUCGCUAAAUCCGCCUUCGUCGCCGAACUCACCCACGUCGACGACACCGUCCCCGUUUCUAACAGAAUCUGGCUCUCCGCACCUUCCAUGCUCUCCCUCUCUUUCUCCCCCGCUUCCACUGUCUCGGUGUCUAUUCCAUCUUCCGGGGAGAAAAGUUCGCAAUUGCAUAGCUUUCCCCUUGCUUCGUUAGCUGAUGAAUGUGAAAAAUUCUAUGAAUUGGAAAGUAGCAAGGCCUUCGAUGAUUAUGCGGGAAACUACUUUGUGCUUGCAACAGUGUUUCCUUCUAGUAAGGUUUUGAAGAAUGGAGUACGCCUGUCUUCAAACCUUUAUUAUGCCAUGGGGUGUCCUCCUUUGGGCACAAGUGUGUUUGUUCAUCCAAUACAGAAAAGUCUUGCAAAUGGGAGCAAUGAACAACAUUCUACAGAAAAUAAUUGUCUGCCUAUAUAUAAUUGCAAGGAAUUGUAUCUUCAGUUGGUUCCUUCUAAGAAUGGGCUGCCAUUGAAAUUUAAUAACUUUCCCUCAUCGGGCAUGUCUAAGGUGAAAUCCCAUGUCCAAUCUGAGAAUGAUAUCAUUGCAUCUCCUGCAACGCCUUCGAAUGGAUCAAAGUUUUCUAAUGCUAUUGGGAUGUCUUCUCCACUAUUUGAUGAUUCAGCGUCUAGUGUGCCAAAUCUGAAUAGUCAAUCGUUGAAUUCAUUUGAUGUUAGCUUAGCAUUACGGGAUGAAAGUUCUAAAGAAAUACUACUGACGGGUGCAAAACCAUGGUUAUAUUCUCGCUCUUUACUUCUAGGGAAUCUUGUCAAUGUCCCAAUGCUAUCAGAGUUGUGCUUUUUCCAAGUGAUAGGAGCUAAGAAGCAGCCAGUUACCAAAUCUGAUCAUUGUCCAUCAAAUGGAAACAGUGAUUUAUAUCCUGAGGAUUCUGAUAUAGCAGAGAGUGUAAAUCAGGCUUUCACUGUUAACGAUGAAACAAAGGUGUUUUUAUCUCUGCCAUCAAAUGCAGCAUCCGAAGAGCCAAUUCAAAGGGAUAUACCUUGUGUGAAACUAGAACACAAAGUUGCUAAUGCUAGUUUACAUGAUAAAAUCUCUAAAUUGGGUGGUCUAUCCAAAGAAUAUACACUUCUAAAAGAUAUAAUUUCUUCAUCUGUGAGCGAUGCUUUAUCAAGUUUUGGUUUAAGAACCACAAGAGGUGUCCUUCUUCAUGGUCCACCUGGUACAGGAAAGACUUCCCUGGCUCAAUUAUGUGCUCAUGAUGUUGGGGUCAAAUUUUUCCCAAUAAAUGGACCUGAGAUUGUUACCCAAUAUUAUGGGGAAAGUGAGCAACAAUUGCAUGAACUUUUUGAUUCAGCCAUUCAAGCUGCACCUGCCGUGGUAUUCAUUGAUGAAUUAGAUGCAAUUGCCCCUGCAAGGAAAGAUGGAGGUGAAGAGCUAUCUCAAAGAUUGGUUGCAACUUUAUUAAAUCUGGUGGAUGGAAUUAGUAGAAGUGAAGGGUUACUUGUAAUUGCUGCCACUAACCGGCCUGACCAUAUUGAGCCAGCUCUCAGACGACCGGGAAGAUUUGACAAGGAAAUUGAAAUUGGUGUGCCAUCACCCAACCAACGUUCGGAUAUUUUGCUCACUCUUCUCAGUGAAAUGGAUCACUCUCUCGCGGAGUUGCAAAUUGAAAACCUUGCCACCGUCACUCAUGGUUUUGUGGGUGCUGAUCUAGCUGCACUUUGCAAUGAGGCAGCCUUGAUUUGCCUACGGCGUUAUGCUAAUUUUAAGAAGACUUAUGAUUCUUGUUCUGAUUAUAUAACAGAGCAACCUGCUCUGAUGAAUGGUGCAACAAACUCAAUAGAUCAUUCAGGUGAUGCAACUUCAUCUGUUUCAGAUAUGUCAGUGGCCUCCAGUCGUGUAUUACCUUCCUGCAUGAUUGGAAUGACUUCUGAAGCUAUGGAAAUAAUUCCUGAUAGUGGCGAAGAAGAGCAGAUUUUGAAAGUAAGCUUUGAAGAUUUUCAGAAGGCUAGGAUGAAAAUAAGACCUAGUGCCAUGAGAGAGGUAAUCCUUGAGGUUCCAAAGGUUAAUUGGGAAGAUGUUGGUGGUCAAAAGGAGGUCAAAGCUCAAUUGAUGGAAGCGGUUGAAUGGCCACAAAAACACCAUGAUGCAUUCAAUCGUAUUGGGACUCGCCCUCCUACCGGUGUAUUGAUGUUUGGGCCUCCAGGUUGUAGUAAAACCCUCAUGGCACGUGCAGUUGCUUCUGAAGCAGGGCUGAACUUUCUAGCAGUCAAGGGUCCUGAACUCUUCAGCAAAUGGGUUGGUGAAUCUGAGAAGGCUGUCAGAUCAUUAUUUGCAAAAGCAAGGGCCAAUGCCCCAUCAAUAGUAUUUUUUGAUGAAAUAGAUAGUCUUGCUGUAACUCGUGGGAAGGAAAGUGAUGGUGUUUCAGUAUCAGAUAGGGUCAUGAGUCAACUUCUUGUUGAGUUGGAUGGUCUGCAUCAAAGAGUUAAUGUCACCGUCAUAGCUGCUACAAAUAGGCCAGACAAGAUUGACCCUGCCCUUUUAAGGCCAGGACGCUUUGACCGUCUGCUAUAUGUUGGACCUCCAAAUGAGGUGGACAGGGAAGAGAUAUUUCGCAUACAUCUGCGUAAAAUCCCGUGUGGUUCUGAUGUUAGCCUUAAAGAACUAGCUCGACUCACAGAUGGUUGUACAGGGGCUGACAUAUCAUUGAUAUGUCGGGAGGCAGCUGUUGCAGCAAUUGAGGAGAGCCUUGAUGCUUCAGUUAUAACAAUGGAGCAUUUAAAGAUGGCAAUCAAACAGAUCCAGCCAUCAGAAGUUCACUCCUACCAAAAGCUGUCAACAAAAUUUCAAAGAGCCGUCCGCUGCUGUGAUAUAAAGGAUGAAUUCAAUGAUAUGCCGUGCGACAGUAGAUCUACUCAGUUCAGCAUUUGGAAGUUCAUAAAAUCUUACACAUUGUAAAAUCGUUCCUCUAUCAGAUUCCAUUUGUCAUCUUUAAUUUGAGAACUGCUCCAGGUAGUUAACAACAGUCCUCAGGGAACUAUUAUGUUUGUCAUAUUCCAGUGACUGGGCUCAUGUGCAUUACAUGGGGAUCAUCUGCCCUGCCAACUGGCUAGAUUGAGCCCUUAUUUAAAGUACGAGUGCAGUAUCUGUGAAGCACUAGUAAUGGGGAUCAAUGUCUUCACCCACAGAGUAAGAGAAAAAUGUGUAAUUGCCCAAAUUUGUGCUGAAACCCCUUGGCUGAAUCAUGGUCAGCCUUUCCGUUGAAAGAUGAAAAUAUUUUGAGAAUGAUUACUAAUGUGGUCUCACGUGAGUUUUGCUUGCGUGUUACUUUUGAAGGUGAGAGAUAGCAGUGUUGUAUGAGGAACUCUGCCAUCCAUAUCUGUGCGCCAUUUUCAACAAUUUUCUCUAGGUCUCGGCUUCACAAGUUUGUAGUUGUACACAAAAUCAUAAAUUAUCAAGUUUGUUGAUAAAACUUACAUAGCUUGAGGAUUAUGUACAGUAUAUUAGCACAGAGAGCAACGUAUAUACUGAUUACUCAUGUUUUGGCAAAUUCAAUGCGUUAUGCUGUACUCCUCGAGUUAUUUGAACACUCAACUUGUAAUAUCACAGAAGUUGUAGAUGAAAUUUAUUGACUAGAAGAUGAUAACACGAUUUUAGAUCGAAUGUUUUUUUA